AGGCAUUAGGCCAGUCCAGAAUAAGCAGGCGUUCUAAGAAGAACAGACAUACGCAAUCCACAAACAUGAAAAAACACUCCAAUUGAAGACUUUCCAGCUAAAGAAAGUGAUUUUUUUUUUCCUAUGGCGCUGCAAUGCGUUAUAAAACCAAAGAUGUGGCUGGGCCUCAAGCAGAUACUGCUCUACGUGGGCCUAAUCCUGUGUGUUGUCCUGCAAGUUUGCAGAAGCAAAACGCAGUCGCAGGCAGUCUGUCCUACAGUCUGCCACUGUGACUUUCAUCUGCAGCGAAAUAGAGCCGUUUGCAGUGCCAAGCGAUUGAUAAGCGCCAAUAUCGAAAUGCCCAAGUCAGUGGAGCUUUUGGACUUGAGCUACAAUGAUAUAACCAGCAUAGAGGAUGACUCUUUCCAAACGACGAUCCAUCUGCUGAACUUAACGCUAUCUCACAAUGCAAUUCACACCUUGUAUGCGGAUGCCUUUUCGGAGCUCCGCCGACUCCGUCACUUGGACUUGUCCUACAACCGCUUGGAGCAAGUGGACGAGCACCUUCUGGAGUCCAACAUCCAGCUCAUAUACCUUAACCUUGAGGGAAACAAACUGGCUAGCCUGGGGAAAGGACCUCUGUUAAGAAGCCCCUCCCUGCGAUCCUUAAAACUGCGUAACUCGCAGGUCAAUCAGCUGGGUACGGAGCUCCUCAGUGCCAUGCCACAAUUACGACACUUGGAUUUGGCCCAAAACAUGCUGCUGACCUUGAGCGCCGCGGACUUUCAUGCCCCACGGUAUUUGGCUUCCAUAAAUGUGGAAGAGAACCCCUUUAACUGCGAUCGGGCACUUGUUAAGGUGGCGAGUAAUUUACGGCAGCGAGGAGUGGAGAUCCAUUUGAAUGCUUGUGAGGAAGAUGCUGUGGGUCCCAGACAGUCGGAGGAUGUGAAAGUCCUAGAAUUCCAGGCCGAAAAGUCAGAACGCUUGGAGCAGCACUCGGCCUUCUCUUCCCCAGGACCUCAAUCCGUGUUGGCCGUCUGGCGGGAGCUGGACUCCAGCGAGGAGGACAGCAAUGAACAGGACAAUGGCCAGAUGGCGACUUUGAGCGACGUCUGCGAAGGAAACCGAGAAAAACUUUGCCUGAGGUACAAAACGUGCCUGGAGCGCGUAAGUCACGAGCUCCUUGCUGGAGGAAGUUCUCAGUUCACCGACGAAAUUAUCCCUUCACAUACCUACGACGAGGAUGACCUCAAGUUGGCCUUUGUAGUGGGAGGAGCCACUGGAGUUUGCAUGGUCAUAUUCAUUAUAACCUUUGCACUUUGUCUGAAAAGCUGCUGCGAGAUGCGCAAAAGUAAGGCUGGCCAGGAGGUGGCAAGCGAGGAUUCCGCUCCGGACCCCUCACAGGAAAACCUGCCCACCAUUCACACCUGGACACCGCAAAGGACACGCCAUCCGAGACACUCCAACCCUCAGCGUCCUCGCAGCCGAAAUCCUUCACGUACGCUGGUCCGCCAGCCAUAUGGCCCGCAGGACAAUUUUGUGUCCCGGCUUUUUGGCCGCCCGGCACGGAGCCAGUACGUCCGGACCAUAAAUCAAAAUACAGCCACCCUCAUUCGGCGCCUGAGCCGGAGCAACCUUUUUAGCAGUCGCGAUCGGGAGCCCAGUAGUCCCUCCACGCCUCUUAGUACCACGGCCAGAUUUUACACUGACAUAGUGGAAGCGCCCCGGCCAGAGACCCCUCCUCCGAACUACGGCGACGUUGUGGUCAUCGAGAAUUGUGAUAACAAGUGAUGUGUGAGGCCUCAAGGGCAAAUAUUAUUCCCACUAGGUGAUAAAUAAUGCAAGAUAUUGCUCUUCACGUAUAUACCUCAUGCUUAAUAAAUUCAAUAUUUAAAAUAA